AUGAAUACUUAGCUAUUGAUUGUAGAAGCUGCCUUAUUAUUUGGGUCUGUGAUUGCUCUGUUUAUUUUCAAAGAGUGGGAAGGUAAUAUAAAGAUUAUUAAAUUGCUAUUUUCUCUAUCUAACCUUAGUAUAUUUUUAUUGGAAAUAAAGCAAAUAGGAGAAUCAAAUUAUGUUUUAAUAGCAAUUUCUGGCAUUCUUAUGAUUUUAUUUUCUUUUAAGGAGUUGAAGAAGGAGAAGACUGUAGUGCCUCAGAUCUAGGUGAUAAAUACGGAACUUUCGGAGAGGAAUAAUAAGGUGGAUUAGGAGAUAGAAUUGCCUUAGCAACUGCCUGUAAUUCCUUCGAUUCAUGAGAGCAACUCGAGCAUCAAUAAGAGUUAGAACCCUCCUGCAAAUGAUAAUAAUAGAUUGUAGAGUAACUUUUCUGGAGAAAAAAAUGAUUAAUAAAAUGCUAAAUAGGAGUAGGGUUUGAAUUAUUUGGGCGAUAACAAGAGGCCAUCGAUACAAUUCAAAAAUACUGGGCCUAGUGUUUUGAUAACUCGUCAAUAGAGUGUUGCUUAGAUUUAGCCAAAUUUGAAUGUGAUCAAAUUUUAGGAUGACUUCGGAGAGAUCAAAUUUGGGAUCCUUAAAACUCUUAAGUCAGUUGCAUAUGAUUAGUUGGGAAGGGAAGUGGAAUGCAUAUUUCAAAGUGAUAGGCCACUUACUAAGUUGCUGUCCACUGUUGAAAAAACGAAUUAGCCCAGGAUGUAAAUCUUAUAUGAGAGUUAAGCAGAGUACAAUUAGUAUGUGGAUGAUACAUUAAGAGGAGCAAUUCAAUUAGAUGAUUUUGGGUAUGAUGAGAAGAAAAAGGAGCAGAAAAUUACAUGGUAAAAAAUAAUAAAAGCAGUAAUUUUAAUAAUUAUUUUAAAUCUAAAUUUUAUAAUAUUUGAUAACUGGAAUUUGCCUUAAAUAAUCUUAAUUUAUUUUAUUUUGUAGAGAUAAAUAUUGCAAUAUAAAAAGUUGAUAGCACAUUAAUUGGAAUUGAAAUGUGAGAUUAGAGAUCUCCUCAUUUGGUUGGCAUUAGUUGGUCUUCCCUUGAUGACUGUUUUAGCCAUAAAUCUGUUAGACAAGAGUUUGGGGAGAUAGGUUCUGCAAGUUGCUAACUGGGUUAGUUUAGUUAUCGCUUCGAAGUACAGCAAACACUGUUAAGAGUAUAACAUUUAUUUAGCAUUAGAUAUUUCUAUGGUUGCUAAUUCUACAUUCUAGUAAUGA